AAAGAACAGAGAGAUGAACAAAGGAAAAACGAGAAAAACGCUUUGAAUCCUACCAAGAACACAUGAGCUCUUCUUCGUCUUCUUCUUCUUCAUCCCUUUCAAGUUUUCUUGAUUUGGGAUCUGCCAUCGGACAAAAAGAAGUGAAGAGAAUCAUCUUCUUGUUUCUAGGUUUAGCUGCUUCAUGUCUUCUUGUCUACAAAACAGCUUAUCCUCUUCACAAUGAGCUCGAUGUUGACAAUCUCAGCUCUCCUCGUCCUUUGCUCGAUCAAACCUCCUCGUUUUCUCCACAAUCUAGAACAAAAUCGAUCAGUUUUAGGGAAGUUCUCGAGAAUGCGUCGACAGAGAAUCGAACAGUUAUUGUAACGACUUUGAACCAAGCAUGGGCAGAGCCAAACUCUCUGUUCGAUCUGUUUCUUGAGAGUUUUCAUAUCGGACAAGGAACGCAGAAGCUACUUCAACAUGUGGUUGUGGUUUGCUUGGAUUCCAAGGCAUUUGAUCGCUGCUCACAACUUCACCCUAAUUGCUACUAUUUGGAAACCAAAGGGACUGAUUUCUCCGGUGAAAAACUCUUUGCUACACCUGACUACCUCAAAAUGAUGUGGCGAAGAAUCGAGCUUCUCACACACGUGCUAGAAAUGGGAUAUAACUUCAUCUUCACGGAUGCAGAUAUAAUGUGGCUUCGAGAUCCAUUUCCUCGAUUAUAUCCAGAUGGAGAUUUCCAAAUGGCUUGUGAUCGGUUCUUCGGUGAUCCUAAUGAUUCAGACAAUUGGGUAAAUGGAGGUUUCACUUACGUGAAAUCAAACCACAGAAGCAUCGAGUUCUACAAGUUUUGGUACAAAUCUCGUCUACAGUAUCCAGAGUUACAUGACCAAGAUGUGUUCAACAAAAUCAAACACGAGGCCGUAGUCUCAGAGAUUGGAAUCCAGAUGAGAUUCUUUGAUACAGUUUACUUUGGUGGGUUUUGUCAAACGAGCAGAGACAUAAACUUGGUGUGUACAAUGCAUGCUAAUUGUUGUAUUGGAUUAGAGAAUAAGCUUCAUGAUCUUAAUCUUGUUCUUGAUGACUGGAGAAAGUAUUUGUCUUUAUCUGAACAAGCUCAGAACACAACUUGGAGUGUUCCUAUGAAGUGUACGUGAUUUGUAAAAAAACUCACAUUUGGAAUAAAAACAUUAAUGUAUGGCCAUAUGGGAGAGUUUUAAUUAGUUGUUCAAUGUGUGUGAAAAUUAAAUCUUGUGACUUGUGUUGUAAAGAACAUUUGGUCCACAUAUAAUUUUUUGAGGUCUUAA